GUACAAUUAUUAGGCUCCCAAUGUGCCUAACACGCUACCAGAAUAUGUGACACUUUGAAUAAACUCAUUGGUUUAGAAGUCCUUUUCCUACUGCUUCCUUCCAUUUUCUCAACAAAUAUUUUCUGGCAUUCUUAGUUUCUGGAUAAUCUCUGAACUGCAUAAAUUGCAGACUACAACAGAGGAGAGAAUAAAACAAAAAACAAAAAAGAAGAUGGGGAAUUCAGUAAUAUCAGCGUUAUUAAUAAUUGUUUGCUGUUUAGAAGUUGGAUUAAACACACUGAAUAAAGCAGCUACUAACAAAGGAAUGAGCAAUUAUGUAUUUAUUCUUUAUUCUAACGCGUUAGCCUUACUCGUCCUUCUUCCUUCCACCUUCAUCUAUCACAGAUCAAAGCCAUGUGCUAAGCUCACAUUCCCUAUUUUGUAUAGGAUCUUUCUUCUUGCUCUUCUCAGCUGUUCGGGACAGACUUUGUUCUACGUGGGGAUACAAUAUAGCUCACCAACUCUGGCUUCUGCCAUACUUGAUCUUAUUCCAGCUUUCACUUUUAUAGUUGCUGUCGUUCUUGGGAUGGAAAAGCUAGUGUUGAGAGCAAAGAGCAGUCAGGCAAAGGCUGUUGGAACGUUAAUACUGAUAACAGGAGCCUUUAUGAUGACUUUUUACAAAGGUCCAGCAAUUAUUUCUCAUGAAUCAGUAGUGUAUAAUAGAAAUAUUGGUCAGCCUCUUUUGUCAACACAAUCAAAUUGGAUCAUUGGUAGCUCACUCCUUACAACUGCUAGCUUCUUGGUUAGUCUGCUUUACAUAGUUCAGGCAUGGAUAAUGAAGGACUAUCCACAGGAGUUGAUGGUAACUGUAAUUGCUUGUGGUUUUGUGACUAUUUUGUCAUCUGUGGUUGCUUUAAUAGCAGAAAAGGAUUCAAAUGCUUGGAAAAUCAAACCAGAUUUAAAGUUGAUAACAAUUUGUUACUCUGGAAUUUUGAUGGUUGGAGUUCGAAGUGUGGUCCAAACAUGGGCUGUCAAGAAGAAAGGACCUGUUUUUGUGGCUAUGUUUAUGCCUCUUGGCAUGGUUGUUGCUGUUCUAAUGGGGGUUGCCUUUCUACAUGACGACGUCUAUACUGGAAGUGUAAUAGGAGCAAGCAUCAUAACUUUGGGAUUCUAUGCGGUCAUGUGGGGGAAGGCAUGUGAAGAAAGAGUGAUCCAGGUUUCAGAAACAAGCUUUAAUCAAACCCAUCAGAGAUUGCCACUUCUGAGCAGCAAAAAUGACAACUUUUAGAAAUUUUGGUGGUUGUAUAUAAAAACCUGAGUUGCAGUAAGAGAGUAUAAAUCUACUGCUUCUAUCUUAAUUCAAGUUUCUUAUUGUUUAUCCGUAAAACGGUAUAGUUGAAUUUAUACAUGAUUUCUAGACAAGUAAA